UCAAUAUUAUAAUAUCAGUACAACUUGGAACCUCGGAUCGUAAACAGGUUACUGCCGCAAUGCGGGAACUACAAAUACUAGAAAUGUUUUGGAUUGCCGCUCUCAUAAUGAUUGGCAGUUGUUUUACUUAUGCCAAGCCGCGUACCUAUGUAAGUGACUUUGUAUUUCCCUCGGAGGAAGAUCAUAAACCUCGCAUUUGGGAUCAGGUCACUGAAGAUCAAUCAUCCGAAUCUAGGGACUACAAUGGCAAUAAUAAAAGUCCGGAGAAGUGCGCCGAUCUACACAUCGAUAACUCGACAGGCAAUGCUUGUAUGAUUUUCAUCAGCUACAAGAAAUUGGAAGAUCCUCUGCAAAGCUUAAAGAGGGUACUAGUUGAGGAACUCAAUCUUCCGGAACUCGUAUCUAGCGUAAGAGUUUUGAAGCGCGGAAAACAUCGUUUGGUUUUUGAACUGCCAAGUUCUAUAGAUGCUCUUCUCGCUCUUAAUGGUUACUGUAAUUUAUAUAAAAAUCGACACGAUCGCACUUAUGAAAUCCUCAGUGUUGAGAAUUGAGAGAUUGAUUUCCAAAGAUUUUAGGAACUAGUUGAUUUUAUACUCUAUAUCAGUGGCGGAUCCAGAAUUUGAUUGUAAGGGGGGAUCAAAAAUUUGAAAUAUAAUAUAUAUUACAUAUACUUUUUAACCCGAGUGGGGUUACCCCCGUGGAUCCAUAUAUGCUCUACAUACAAAAAUAGCUACAUAUGAACUUGACUAGACUUAAGCAAGUACCUAAAGAGAAUCUAUAUAUAGCUUGAUAAUGCUGUACAAUUACGAAUGUAAAAAUAAUAGACUUGCUUAUAAAAUGAAAACCAGCUUUU